CUCAUCCUACUAAUAAUUAAGACAGCAAUCUAUCCCCUGUUUCACCCGCUCUCCUUUUCCCUCUCUCCCCCUUUCAAAUUCCUCUGCUCUCUCUCUCUCUCACUCUCUCUCUAUCAACACCACUCCGUUUAAUCCGGUUCACCAUCUUCAAACAUUGAAAUUCCCCAACUGUAAUUUCCCCCUAUUUCAAUAAUCAAAUUCCAAUUUAUUUUUUCCUUUGAACUUUUUGAAAUAUUGUUGAAAAUGACAACCGUGAAGAACAAUUUCAUGCCACCCAACUUAAUUUCAAACCUUAAUCAGGCACUUUUAAGAAGGAAAGAUGUCGAACAAGAUGAAUCAUCUGAACCCACUACGUCUUCUUCACAGGAUGAAAAUGUGAACCCUAAUGUAGAAGAAGACUGUACAAAACCCAGGAUUUUGGUUACUAAUGGUGAUGGAAUUGAUUCCGUUGGUCUUACCUACAUUGUUGAAGCUCUUGUUAAGGAGGGUCUUUAUGAUGUCUAUGUUUGUGCCCCUCAAAUGGAUAAAUCAUCAUCCGGGCAUGGUGUGACCUUUGGAGAAACAAUAGCUGUAAGUUCUGUUGAAAUGAAUGGUGCCACAGCUUUUGAGGUUUCAGGAACACCUGUUGACUGUGUGUCGUUGGCAUUAUCUGGUGCUCUAUUUACUUGGUCCAAGCCUAUGCUGGUGGUUAGUGGAAUUAACAAAGGAUCAAGUUGUGGGCAUAAUAUGUUUUACUCUGGUGUUGUUGCUGGGGCUAGAGAAGCAUUGAUUAGUGGCGUACCUUCAAUUUCCAUAUCAUUGAAUUGGAAGAAGGACGAAAGCCAGGAAAGUAAUAUCAAGGAUGCUGUGUCUCUUUCACUGCCAGUAAUUAAGGCCGCUAUCAGGGAUAUACAAAAUAGUGUAUUCCCUAAAAAUUGUGCAUUCUGCAUACAGAUCCCAACAUCUCCUUCGUCAAAUAAGGGUUUCAAGGUGACUAAGCAAAGCUUGUGGAGAUCUACUUUGUGUUGGCAAGCAACAUCUACCAAAAAACAUCCAUACAUGUCUAACCAACAUGGUUUAGGCUUCCAGCUUGCACAGCUUGGUCGAGAUGCAUCUGCUGCUGGUGCAGCUCGUCAUGGGAUCGGUCAAAAGAAAAAUCUAGAGAUUGAAUCUGUUGGGGCUGCUGGAAAACACAAGUCGGGCCAGAAUAAAAAGUAUUUCCGCCUUGAGUUUAUUGACAAAGAAUCUGAUGGAAUGGAUGAAAAUUCAGAUGUCAAAGUACUUGAGAGCAAUUUUGUAGCUGUUACUCCCGUGUGUCUUUCCCCAUACCCUGAAUCAGACGUUGAAACAUCAGCUGCAGAAUGGAUUAUGUCUGCGUUCAAAGAAGACUAACGAGAGGCUCAGGAGUUUUCUCACAUAAUUUGAACAAGCUAUCGAGCAAUAUACUAAGAGAGCACGCGGGUCGUUUUAGGUCCAUAUUUUCGACUUGUCUUUCCUUUCUAAUCCUGGUUUUGGAAGCUUAAGAAAUGCUUCCUAAUUUUAGUAUGUUGUAAAAGACUUUCUCUUCUUGUUCUCCCACCAUUUCAAGUUGGGAGUCUGGGGUUAUUUCGAACUAAGCAGCUCUCUUAUGGCUUGCAGCUUUUGGCUGUUGUAUUUAAACAAAUUUUGUAAUCAAGGUUUCCUACUAAACUAGACAUUUGAUCUAAUAUUGUUUCUGU